AAAGUUCAUACCGGAAAUCAUUCCUUCUGGUUACGGAAGUCGGAGCAGAGCGGACGACAUUUUGUUAGCAGCGUUAGCAUAAUAGACAGAUUUUCCUGAUAUUUUUGGAGGACUUUUGUCCUCGCUGCUUCUUCUUUGUUUCUGGUUGUUACGGAAGUAACGGAAGAUGUGGUAUGAAAUCCUCCCCGCCUUCGGCCUCAUGACAGCCUGCAUGAUCAUGCCGGGCAUUGUGACCACACACAUCCAUAAGUUCACUAACGGAGGAAAGGAGAAAAGGGUCGCCCGGAGUCCGUGGCAGUGGCAUCUGAUGGAGAGGGACAAGAGAGUGUCGGGGACGGAUCAGUACUUUAACUCCAAGGGACUCGAGAACAUCAAGUAAUUGAGGAUUAUGAAGAGCAGAAACAUCCAUGUUGUAAAUUAAAUAUAUAAAUGUCUUUUAAAAAUCACUUGUGAUUAAACUGUUCCUCACUGGAA